CUUCGAAACGCAACAAUGAGGAUUUCAUCUUGCGGUUCUUCGGUUGGAAAAGUUCAACUGGCAGCUUGAAGAUCUUGUUGGAAUUGGGUGAACAUGAUUUCAAUCAAAUUUUGCGUGCCCAAUGUUUGAGUCAUGCACAAAUCAUUCGUUACUGGUAUCAAAUGCUACAAGCCGUUCAUUUUACCCAUGAAGAAGGUAAUAUCGUUCACACCGAUUUGAAACCUGCCAACUUUUUGAUGGCAAACGGUAGAUUAAAAUUGAUCGACUUUGGUAUCGCUCAAAAGAUUCCCGUUGGAACGAUCCAUAUCAAACGUGAUGCAAUGAUUGGAACGCCGAAUUAUAUGGCACCUGAAACUGUACGUGCUGUAAAGGAAGGUGCGCCUUCGAGAGUGUACAAAGCCGGCAAAGCAAGUGACAUUUGGGCUAUGGGAUGUAUAUUGUAUCAAAUGGUGUACAGCAGACCACCGUUUGAAGCAUUCCAUGGUGAUGAUAAAUUGCGCGAGAUUUUGGACCCAAAUCACAAGAUCGAUUUCUCAUCUGACGAAGAAGACGAUGAAACGGAGUUGGAGUCAGUAGAUGAAGAUCUAAUUGAUGUUUUGCGUCUAACGCUCACGUAUUCUGCUUUAGAUCGAGUUACGAUCCCUCAACUUCUUCAACAUCCUCUCUUACGACCUUUGGAACAACAACAUAAACUUACCGUUCCAAUGUCACGUACGAUGUUACGUGACGUUUUGCGAAAAAUGUACGCUUUUGCACGGAGUGGGGAGUUGAACGAAGAAAACUUGGAUGCCCGAACGGAUGCCUUAUUUGACAAUAUGGUCUUGAGAAGACAGCAAAUGGAAUAG